UCCCUGUUUAAAGUCUCCAUCAUGCCGGAUGCUACGGUUAAAGGAUCCUUUGAAACUUCUGAAAAAUUCAGCAAGAUUUUUAACCUGCAACUGGAGUCUACGGUAUUGUAGGUGUAAAGAAUCUUAUUUUGGAAGUCAUUGUAUGCGAUGUUCGCGACUCAAAGAAGGGGAUUGGACCCUGGGCGUCUGCUUCUCUCCUUUCUGCUCCUCGCAGCCUGGGAGGCCGGGAGCGGCCAGGUCCGCUACUCGGUCCCCGAGGAGGCCAAACACGGCACCUUCGUGGGCCGCAUCGCCCAGGACCUGGGGCUGGAGCUGGCGGAGCUGGUGCCGCGCCUGUUCCGGAUGGCGUCCAAAGGCGGCGGGGACCUUCUGGAGGUAAACCUGCAGAAUGGCAUUUUGUUUGUGAAUUCUCGGAUCGACCGGGAGGAGCUGUGCGGGCGGAGCCUGGAGUGCAGCAUCCACCUGGAGGUGAUCGUGGAGCGGCCGCUGCAGGUGUUCCACGUGGAGGUGGAGGUGAAGGAUAUUAACGAUAAUCCGCCUGUGUUUUCUCUCAGGGAACAAAAGCUGCUGAUUUCUGAAUCUAAGCAACCAGACUCGCAUUUUCCUCUAGAGGGAGCUUCUGAUGCGGAUAUAGGAGAGAAUGCUCAAUUAACCUACAGGCUAAGUCAAAAUGAGUACUUUUCUUUAGAAUUACCCACGAAUAGUAAGCAGAUUAAACGACUAUCACUUAUAUUAAAGAAAUCUCUGGAUAGAGAGAAAACUCCAGAACUUAAUAUGCUACUGACGGCUGCAGACAGAGGGAAACCAGAGCUCACUGGCACCGUUCAGCUCUCGGUCCGAGUCUUGGAUACUAACGACAACGAUCCAGAGUUUGAACAAUCAGAGUACAAGGUGAGACUGAUGGAAAAUGCAGAUAAAGAAACUCUUGUGAUAAGGUUAAAUGCCACAGACCGAGAUGAAGGAGUCAAUGGGGAGGUAACAUACUCCUUGACGUCAGUUAAACCCAACGGAAAACGGUUAUUUACACUAGACGAAAAUGACGGAGAAGUGAGGGUCAAUGGGACUUUAGAUUAUGAAGAAAACAAGUUUUAUGAAAUCGAAGUACAAGCUACAGAUAAGGGGAAUCCCCCAAUGGCGGGUCACUGUACAGUCUUGAUCGAAAUCUUAGAUGCCAAUGAUAAUGCCCCUGAGGUCACUGUGACCUCUCUCUCUCUACCAGUACCAGAGGACACUCAGCCAAGCACAGUCAUCGCGCUGAUCAGCGUGUCGGACCGUGACUCGGGCGCCAACGGGCAGGUGACCUGCUCGCUGAUGCCCCACAGCCCCUUCAAGCUGGUGUCCACCUUCAAGAAUUACUAUUCGCUGGUGCUGGACGGCACCUUGGACCGCGAGAGCGUGGCGAGCUACGAGCUGGUGGUGACCGCGCGGGACGGCGGCUCGCCUUCGCUGUGGGCCACGGCCAGCGUGUCGGUGGAGGUGGGCGACGUGAACGACAACGCGCCGGUGUUCGCGCAGCCCGAGUACACGGUGUUCGUGAAGGAGAACAACGCGCCCGGCUGCCACAUCUUCACGGUGUCGGCGCGCGACGCGGACGCGCAGGAGAACGCGCGGGUGGCCUACUCGCUGGUGGAGCGGCGGGUGGGCGAGCGCGCGCUGUCGAGCUACGUGUCGGUGCACGCGGAGAGCGGCAAGGUGUUCGCGCUGCAGCCGCUGGACCGCGAGGAGCUGGAGCUGCUGCAGGUCGGGGUGAGCGCGCGCGACGCGGGCGCGCCGCCUCUGGGCAGCAACGUGACGCUGCAGGUGUUCGUGCUGGACGAGAACGACAACGCGCCGGCGCUGCUGCCGCCGCCGCCGCCGUCGCCUUGGGCGCCGCCCGGGUGGCCCGGGGGCGCGGGCGGCGGGGCGGGCGUGGUGAGCCAGCGGGUGGCGCGGUGGGUGGGCGCGGGCCAGGUGGUGGCGAAGGUGCGCGCGGUGGACGCGGACUCGGGCUACAACGCGUGGCUGUCGUACGAGCUGCAGGAGGCGGCGUCGGGGGCGGCGUCGGGGGGCGCGCGGAGCGCGUUCCGCGUGGGGCUGUACACGGGCGAGAUCAGCACGACGCGCGCCCUGGACGAGGCGGACGCGGCGCGCCAGCGCCUGCUGGUGCUGGUGAGGGACCACGGCGAGCCGGCGCUGACGGCCACGGCCACGGUGCUGCUGUGGCUGGAGGACGGCGGCCCGGCGCCCAAGGCGUCCUCGCGGCGGGUGGUGGGCCCCGCGGCGGCGGCGGAGGCGGCGCUGGUGGACGUGCACGUGUACCUGGUGGUGGCGAUCUGCGCGGUGUCGAGCCUGCUGGUGCUGACGCUGCUGGUGUACACGGCGCUGCGGUGCUCGGCGCCGCGCGGCGAGGGCGCGUGCGUGCCCGGGCAGGCGCGGCUGGUGUGCUCGAGCGCGGUGGGCAGCUGGUCUUCGUCUCCGCGGCGGCGGCGGCUGCGGCAGCAGCGGCAGCGGGUGUGCUCUGGCGAGGGGCCGCCCAAGGCCGACCUCAUGGCCUUCAGCCCCAGCCUGCCUCCAGGGGUGGAUAAAGAAGUCGGAGAGGAAAGGCAGGGUGCAGGAUCAAAUCACCCUGGGCAGGGAACUUAA